AAAGCGAACGUGAUUAAAAGUUUUUACAUACAAGAGCCGCUACAGCAGACAUGUGUGGAAAAUCUUUGCUAGCUUUAGUGAUUAUGGUGGCGUGCGUGGGUGUGGCGAUCAGUGUAGGAGAAGAUGAUGUGUAUAACUUCCUUGGAAGGAAAGCUCCGAGCAACAAACACAAGGGCUACACGCGCGAACAAGUGCGUCCCCUCGUGGUGAGGACGAUACCUCCCUUCGAGACUCGGCCGACAGAGUUCACCACUGAGGCACCGGCGACUGAGCCACCAACGACGGCAGCUCCUCCCUUCGAGGUUCUACCUGUGAGGUCGGGAGAAGAAAUCCGCGUCGACGAGCCGGAGAGCAUCUAUAGGGUUGACGAUUACAACUACCUGGGGCAGCAGAGGCCUAGCAACAAGCACAAGGGAUACACGAGAGUGGUGGCGCCACCUAGGCCUCAGGUGCAGGAACCGAUCGCUCUGCCCGUCAUCUCGGAGGAAGCGCAGCGGGUUGACAAGCCGGAGGAGCCGAUCCGCCUCGACCUGCUCAACUACCUGGUCCUCCAGCGGCCGAGCAACAAGCAUGGUGGCUACACGAGGAACCAGUAGACGCAUGCACAGCUUUUCGUGAUAGAGGAGGAGGGUAGAGGAAGAUGGAGGAUGGAGGAGGAU